CUUUGUAUUUGACCAUGUCUUUACCAGGAUAGUAAACUAGGACAUGAUGCUUUGAUUGCUUUCCUACCAUGAUAUAAGUUAGAACCCGCCGGUCCACUAUUAGCAGCGAGUGAAUUCCAAGCUGGGCGUGUUUUUGCGCUCCUUUUAGCCCAGUUGACGAUCCCGUGUGGAGCACACUGCAAAGUCGGCACUUGUUGAAUGUGGAUGAAGUCCAGCUUCGAUAGUGCCCGUGGUCCCUUCGCCACAUACUAAGCAUCUACUCUGACACAUAUUUGACAUUUCGCUGACGUUUUUUUUAUCAAUCUAUUUAUUCUUGAAAAUUAUGGAUUUCUAUCAAAUAACCACAUUUUACGCGGUCCUCACAUGUGUAUGGGAUUUACCAUGUUUUCAAUCAUUUACUGUUUUCCUUCCGUCUGCCUCAAAGAGCAGCAAGGUCCCGAAAGUAUUUGAUGGACGAGAGGCAAAAUAUUUCAAAGAUAUCUACUCAUCAUCAUCAUCAUCAUCAUCAAAUGAGCGGUAUUACAAGAGUGGGUUCAAAGAUUCAGUUGAACCACACGACUACAUGCUUUCAAUUUACAAGACUUUCUCUACAGCCGAAAAAUUGGGGCUGAACGCAAGUUUCUUUCGGUCGUCAAAAGCAGCUAACACUAUAGCAAGUUUUGUGGACAUCGGACAAGAUGACCUCCCACUCUCCCCUUUGCGAAGACAGCAGUAUCUGUUUGACGUCUCAACCCUCUCAGACAGAGCCGAGGUGCUGGGGGCUGAGUUGAGGAUAUACACCAAAGUGUCUGGGAAUUUCAGGAUGUCGGAAAUGGAGCCAGUGGACAUUCAGCUACUCUCCUGCCGCUCUCAGCAGCUGCUGGAUUCCAGAACGUUGGAUCUUCAGGAGUCCCAUCGGCCCAGAUGGGAGGUGCUGGAUGUGUGGGAAAUAUUUAAGGACAGGGAUCACCUCACACAGGGGAGCCAGUUCUGUCUGGAGGUCAAGGCCAUGCUGGACAACACUGAGAGGGAGCUUGACUUGCAUCAUCUGGGCUUUCACAGAAAUGGUCGCUCACAACAAAAGAAGGCCAUUUUAGUGGUGUUCACCAGGUCCAAGAAGAGACAGACCCUUUUCAGUGAAAGGAGAGAAGGAAGGACAUUGAUUGGCCAUGGGGAAAAGGGGAAAGAGAGGGGCCCUCGUUCUAAUUCCAAAGCCAGCCGGAGACGCAGGACGGCGCUAUUGAAGAAUCGCCAUGGGAAGAGGCAUGGCAAAAAGUCAAAAUCGAGAUGCAGCAAGAAGCCGUUGCAUGUGAACUUCAGAGAGCUGGGCUGGGACGAUUGGAUCAUCGCUCCUCUGGAUUACGAGGCGUACCACUGUGAGGGCGUGUGUGACUUUCCUCUGAGGUCACAUCUAGAGCCCACAAACCAUGCCAUCAUACAGACCCUUAUGAAUUCUAUGAACCCCAGCAACAUGCCUCCUAGCUGCUGUGCCCCGUCCAAACUCAGCCCUAUCAGUAUUCUCUACAUCGACUCAGGAAAUAAUGUGGUGUAUAAGCAGUAUGAGGAUAUGGUGGUAGAGUCGUGUGGUUGUAGGUAAUGCCUUUUUGGAAAGGCUGUGUUUUGAGUGGGAAUGAAAUGUGAUCAUCAGGGCCUAUCUGGUGUGAAGGCAAUACUUUAAGCUACCUGAUGGGCUGCAUCCCAAAUGGCACCCUUUUCACUAUGUAGUGCACUACUUUUGAUCUAUAGGGCUCUGGUCAAAAGUAGAGCACUAUAUAGGCAAUAGGGUGUCAUUUGGGACCAGAGCGCCUUGUCUAAUAUUGUAAAAUGGUGUGGUGGGAUUAAUAAUCACCUGCCCCAAACUAAGCCAUGUUCAUUUCUUCUUCCCUGGUCUGGUUCUCAGUUUAAGACUGGUAAGCGAGGCUACUUCUUCCCUGAACCCUGUUACGUGUUUUUAUUUACCAGUUAACGGGAGGGACACUUCUAAACACCCAGCAAAUGACUGAAAAUCAAAAUGUGUCAUAUCAAUGUAAAAACAUAAUUCAAACAGCAGAAGUCCUUUCAUAGCUCCUUGGCUUGGCCUUUGACUCGAGAGGAUGCUUGAGUGCUACUCAGAAUGUAAAGCCUUAUUGAGUUGCAACAUCUGUGUAAUUCAAGUGCACUCCCACCCAAAAUGCCCCCAGGCUUAGACUACUUAGCCAAGGGCUCAGUCUGUGUUCCAAAUGGCACCCUAUUCCCUACAUAGCUACAUAGUGUAGUGCACACAAUAUAUAGGGAAUUAGGUGCCAUUUUGGACGUAGUCAUGUUGUGGUUAGAUACAAGGUGAUAAAAUAAUGCCCAUGAGCCUUUUCCUGUAAUGCACUGAGAUUCAUAUUACCAUAUGUAAGCACUUGACAUGGAAAUUAUAAUUUAUGUUCUAUCAAUAAGUUAUUAUAUUUUUGUUGUUGGAGUUUGCUGUCGGGGUUUAAUACCUAUCAUGUUUUGGUCCUGUACAAGAUUGUAUUUCAGGUCCCAUAAAUGAACAACAACUUUGAAGGCUUAACAAAGCCUUCAUGAACCAUGUGUAGAUGGUUCAGAACGUAUGUAUUAAUAAGAAAAUUCAUACUAUUUCAAAGGUAACGUACAGUAUGGGGUUUGUAAAGCAUCUAUGAAGACCUUAUAAAUUAUGGUUUCAGAAAGUCUUAAAAGUUGCUGUUUGUUUAUAUUUCAAAACUUUAAAGAUUGUAUUUUGUAAAACUUCUGGUGUAGAUUUGAACAAGCAAAGAAUGAGGGAGCCUUAACUGUUAAAACAGGAAAUUAUUACCAGUCAGAAAAAAAGACCCCUGUGUUUUUGCAAUGAUAUACUGCUCCAUAGUUUAUAGACGUGUUACUUUAGAGUGUUACUUUAGAGUGUUACUUUAGAGUGUUACUUUAGAGUGUUACUUUAGAGUGUUACUUUAGAGUGUUACUUUAGAGUGUUACUUUAGAGUCAUCUUUGUUGGAUUUUGUAUUUUACUUUCUAUUUUCUACUGGAACUCAAAACCAAUUUAUUUAAUAUUCUCUAACAAAUUUAAAACAGAUUUACAAAUGUUUUUUAUUUCCCUUAACUAGGCAACUCAGUUAAGAACAAAUUCUUAUUUUCAAUGACAACCAAAUUAUAUAUUCCUUUUUUUACCUGUUAAGGUUACAUGUUUUAUAUAAUAGUAUAUUAAAUUAUCUUUUUUGUAUUAUGUAUUUUGAUUAUAUUUUCCAAAAUAUGUGUAUCAUUGCGUUACUCGAUUGUGCAGUGUCACUAUAGUCGAGUGGCGGUCGGUGACGUUUAAGAUGAGGGAGGACGAUUAUUUUCUUUAUGAGCAUGGCUUUAUUUCUAUUACAGCAUAUUGGAUGACUGUUAUUCAUAUUUCAUUCACCCAGCUCAAUGUAACAUCAACAGUUUUAGGCUAUGAUACUUACAUUUUUCAUGUACCCAUCAUGAGGUUGCUACAAUUUAGCCUAUGAAUGAAAUUUACCACAUAGAUGCACAGGUCGAUUAAUCAAGGAGACAGACAGUGACACAUUCAGUACCACCUUGAACACUCUUGCCUGCAUCUAGCUGAUCAAGGUUGUGAUCAUUAGUCCGACAGUUGCAAACAAGAGUUUCUAUUGGACAAACUCAGGAAUGUUUAUCCUCAUUUCGUUCCGUUUGCUUAAGUUUCAAAAAUGUUUUUCAACAGAAUCUGCGGAAUGAAUACACCCUUGAUCACACGCAAACAAAGUUCACUUUCGUAACACCCACAUACAAACAGCAGGAUAAUUUUGCUCAAUGUAAAAUUCCUUCAUGUAUCUGUGCGCUCUCCUCUUCUCGCAUUUUCCUUUCGCUUGUAGACUUCCAUGCACAAAACGUCAGCUGUCUGUGACCAAGCAAAAAAAAACAAGCCAAACCUUCAUAUCAUAACCGCCAACCGCUACACACAAACUAUCUACAUCGCCGAAGCAACUAGAACUAACACAUUAGUAAACCCGCUACAAUCAUGCAGUACAGUGUACAGUCAGCAAGCAGUUUAGUGGUUACACUGGCGAGCCCCAGUUGCAAUAGAUUUAUAAAAUCAAAAGCUUACCUUGACUUGGAAGAGUUCCAGUGUUGGAUAGCCAUAGCCAGCCAGCAAUCAUAGCCUCCCUCUCUGUUUGAGUAGGCUAAACUAGCUAGCUGCAUUUGCUAGCUAAGUGAAAGUAAAAACAAACAAAAAAUAUAUCUCUUGCUUCUUCAUUUUGGUGUUCAUUUUGGUGUUAGUGUCUGUGGGACCCAUUUUCAAUGUUUACUAAAAGAAAAGUAAUACAAUUAGUUAUUUCUUCAACCUGAGACUCAUUGGCCUUGACUCAUUUUCUGUGAAGAACAUGUAAAAUAACACAUGUUCAUUGAGUGCACACUGUGCACCCCCUUACACAUUUAUAUUACAUAUGUGGUGUUUGGGUCUACUGGACCCGAGGGUAAUAAAAGUGUGGAAAAGUGUGUGUGCAGGUGAA